AUGACAACUAGUAUCAAAUCCCGUUGGUAUAGAAAAUUACAGGAAUUAAAAAUGGAUGGUGCGGAAUUAGUUAUAUUAUGUAAUAAAAUAGAUGCCAUCAAAGAUAGUGAACUUAAUGAUGCCAAGGUUCGAACAUUUGUCGAUCAAGCGGAGACAUUCGCAAGUGAAAAUAAUAUACCUCUAUUUCAUACAUCAGCAUUAACUGGUAAAAACAUCCAUACAGUGUUUAAUCAAAUGAUAUUAUCUAUACUGAAUAAUCACACUCUUUUGCGAACAAUAAUAGGGCGUGCUCAGGAUGCCGCGGAAAC